CAAGAAUGGCUUUAACUCAUACUAAACUUAAAAAUUGAAUAGAGAGAGAUAUAGCUGCAAUUAAUUAAUCAAUUUGGUUGUUUACUUUUGUUUUGCUCAGAUUACAGAAAAGGAUAAUUACCUGUAGAAAACUUUAUGUUCUCAAAUAGAAAAAAAUAUAUAUCUUAGAAGUAAGAUAUUAAAAAUAGUAUAAUGAUAAAAAUUAAAUAUUCAAAAUUUCAUAAUUUAAUGUUUUUCCUCUCUGCGUGACUGGCUUUGUGUGAAAGCUAGAUGGUGCCCUUAUCAAUAUGAAUGUUCUUGUAAUUUUAUUUUUUUUAAGUUCCUUCAGAUCUUCGAACCAAAUCAUUUAUGAUUUUGUGCCCAGCCUUCCAAUAAGCCACAUGCCCUUUAUCCUUUCAUUUGCAUUGCUUAAUUUUACACAGCAAAAAUACUUGGUUUCAUCUUGCUCCUCGAGAAGAGACACUGUAACACGCACUUCUUGAUCAUCAUUGUUUUGGAUUGAAGAAAAUUUCAUAGUAUGCCGGUGGGAGAGGUGUUUCUAGGUGCAUUCCUGUCUGUGCUGUUUGACAGACUUGCCUCCAGUGAGUUGUUGGAAUUUGCAAACCGAGAGGGACUUCGUUCUCGGAUUGUCGAUUGGGAAAAAGAGUUGCGGAUGAUUCGAUAUUAUCUCCAAGAUGCAGAAAAGAAACAGAUCGAAAAUUCUGCUCUGAGGACCUGGUUAGAAGAUCUGAGAGACUUAGCUUACGAUGUGGAGGAUCUACUCGAUGAGUUCGAUACUGAAGCCUUGCAGCGUAAGUUGAUGGCUGAGCCCCAAGCUACUACCAGCAAGGUGCAAUCCCUCAUCCCUACUUGUUUUCCUCGUUUGAAUCCAAGUAUUAUUUGGUUCAAAAUUCAGAUGAGUUCAAAGAUAAAAGAGAUUGAUGACCGAUUGAAAAAAAUUUUCCAACAAAAGAAUCGGUUUGAUUUGGAGAAGAUUGAACAUCAAACAUCGCCAGAAGCUUUGCAGAGGCCACAUACCACAUCUUAUGUGUUUGAUCCUCGUAUUUAUGGCAGGGAGGAGGAAAUAAACAGGCUAGUUGAAUCGAUCUUAGCCGAUAAUGGAAGAGGUGAGAAAGUUGGUGUAAUUCCCAUCGUUGGGAUGGGAGGGAUAGGGAAGACAACGUUGGCUCGACAUGUGUUCAAUCAUGAAAAGGUAUGUGCGCAUUUUCAUACCAAAGCAUGGGUUUGUGUAUCAGAUGACUAUAAUGUAAAGAGGAUCACAAAGGCAAUUCUUGAGUCAUUCACUUCCCCAUCCUCUAGUUUGAAUGAGUAUGAAUUGAAUGAACUUCAGGCCAAAGUAAAUGAAAUAUUAACAGGAAAGAAAUUUUUACUUGUUUUAGAUGAUGUAUGGAAUGGUAAUUAUGACGAUUGGAAUAAUUUGCGGUCUCCUUUUGGAUCUGGAGAACAGGGAAGUAAAAUCAUUGUUACAACCCGCAUCCAUGAUGUUGCAUUAACAAUGGGACCUAGGAGAUCUCAUUUUUUGUUGAACCAUUUAUCUGAUGAUGAUUGUUGGUCCGUGUUUAAGCAACAUGCAUUUGAGACUAUGGAAGAAGCAUACCUCCCCAAUUUGAUCUCAAUUGGUAAGAAAAUUGUGGAGAAGUGCAAAGGCUUGCCUUUAGCAGCAGAAUCAGUUGGUGGCCUUUUGCGCAAUAAAUUGAAUGAGGGUGAAUGGGAGGACGUAUUGAACAGUGAAAUAUGGGAUUUAUCUGAGGAGAGGAAUAAUGGAAUUGUCCCAGCAUUAAGACUGAGUUAUUAUCAUCUUCCUGCACAUUUGAAACCCUGCUUUGAAUAUUGUUCAAUAUUCCCGAAAGAUUAUGAAUUUGAGGAGAGGGAGGUAGUCCUUUUGUGGAUGGCUCAGGGUUACAUUUCUUCGAAACUAGGGAAACAAAUGGAAGAUAUCGGCAGUCAAUAUUUUCGUGAAUUGUGGUCAAGGUCAUUUUUCCAAUCAUCGAGUGCUGGUGGAUCUCUGUUUGUGAUGCAUGAUCUCAUUCAUGAUUUGACACUACAUAUUGCGGGAGCACUACAUUGUAAUUUUGAAGGUGGUGAGAAAAGUGAGAUAAAUAAGGCUCGUCAUUUUUCAUACAUUUCUGAAGAAUGUGUUGGGAAGAAGAAAUUUGAGGCCCUUGAUGAAGCGAAGUGUUUACGGACUUUCCUCCUAUCAAAAAAGUGCGAUUGGAUGACGACUUGCAUAAUUCAUUAUGUUCCAAUGACAUUGUGCUUGAAGUUAAAAUGCUUACGAGUAUUAAGUUUGAGUGGUCAUGAAAUUUUUGAGUUACCGGAUGGAAUUGGUAAUUUGAAGCAUCUACGGUACCUUAACCUUUCUAAAACUUAUAUUAGGGAGAUGCCCAAAUCAGUAAGCGCACUCUGCAAUCUACAAACAUUGAUAUUGAGAGACUGUUUGUGUUUUCGGGAAUUUCCGAAAGAGAUGUGGAAGUUAAUCAACUUACGUCAUCUUGACACUAGUGGUGCAAUAGAAAUUGAAGGCAUGCCUUUUCGGGUGGGUGAAUUGACGAGAUUGCAGACAUUAUCAGAUUUUAUUGUCGGGAAAAAAUAUAGUGGGUUUGCAGGGUUAGGAGAGUUGAAGAAUUUAUUGCAUCUUAAGAGAGCUCUUUGUAUAUCUAGGUUGAGGAAUGUAACAAAUGCUGAGGAAGCUAGGGAGGCCAGUUUAGUUAAUAAGGAGGGCUUAUCUACAUUAGAGUUACAGUGGAAUAAUGACAGUGAAUCACUAGACUCAAGUGUUGAAUUUGACAUAAUGGAGGCGUUGCAGCCUCCUAAAACGCUGGAAGGAUUGACCAUCGAGGGAUACGGGGGUGAUGGAUUUCCAAAUUGGAUGAAUGAUGCAUUCUCAAAUAUGAGGGUAGUAAGAUUAGAGAAUUGUCAGAACUGUGCAUUGUUGCCAUCGCUGGGGAAACUACCGGUGCUCAAGGAACUUACUAUUAUAGGGAUGAAUGCAGUAAAGAAAGUUGGGUCAGAAUUCUACUGGGGGCAGGGGUCAUGUAGUUCCUCCUCAUGCUCAUCCAUGGCAGCCUUUCAGUCACUGGAGACUUUGAAUUUUGAGGGUAUGGGAGAAUGGGAGGUUUGGGAAGGGAAUGCAGUAAUGCCUCAACUCCGUGAGCUUAUUGUUACGCGCUGUCCCAAACUUGAGAGAGAGUUACCCAUUAAUAAGAAUAUUUCUCCUUUACUUGAGGUAGUUUCUGUUGAAGAGUGUGGUCAGUUGGUGGUUUCCUUUUCUGAAGGUAGUUUUCCUUCUCUCCGUGAAAUUUAUAUUUCUGGAUGUGACAAAAUGGUGAUAACAGAGAAGGUUUGCUUCAGCUCCCUCGUCUCACUAACUGCGUACGAAGUUCGAGAAGUAGAUGCGUGUGCACAAUUUUUUUCAUCAAGUGUCCUUGGUUUAGCUAAGCUAGAAAAAUUGCGUGUUAAUGGCGAAGUAUAUAAGAAGAUUAAUAUGGAGCAACAGCAACUACACCAUCAUCUCAAUACCCUUCGAAGUUUGGAGAUUGAAGAUGCUUACGAACUUGUUUCCCUGGAAGGAGGAGGACAAGAGAAUCAACAGGGGUUGCCUGUGCCACUAUCGUUGCACACCCUCACCUCUAUUGAACGGCUGUCGAUUUUUAAGUGUGAAAGUAUAGUUUCUUUUCCAGACACAGGCUUUCCCCCCACUCUCCGAGAUCUUUGCAUUCAUGAAUGUGCAGCUCUGAGGUGCAUUUUUCAGGGCGAGGCAGAGAGACUCAGGACCAACUGUCUCAAGUACUUGCAAGUUGUUGCCUGUCCAUCCCUCACGUGCAUCUCAUCCUGCGGUCAGCUGCCACCUUGCCUUGAAUCCUUUAGCAUUUAUGACUGUCCAUCUCUCCCGUGCAUCUCAUCCCGUGGCCCGCUUCCAAGCUCCCUUACGAAUUUUCAUAUACAGGAAUGUAAGUUAGAGUGGGUGGCAGGGGGUGGGAUGGCUCCCCACUCCUCCCUUCGAUAUUUUUCUAUUGGGCGCUGUCCCGAACUCAAAUCCUUGCCAGAUGGGUUGCACGCUCUCAGGUUCCUCCAACAUAUCCAGUUAGACGGAUGCCGUAAUCUGGAGUCCCUUCCCCAAGGAGGGUUGCCCACAACCCUGACAUCACUUACAAUCGAUGGAUGUGAGAAACUCGAGGAACUGCACAGCCCCAUUCACCAUUUAACAUCUCUUCAUUAUCUGAACAUAACGUCUUCCCCUGGCAUCUUCUCCUCUCUGCGAGCACCUGAUCAGCGCAGCAACAGGGAGUAUCAUAUUUCUUUUUUCCACACCAACCUCAAAGCACUUCACCUUGAGGGGCUCAGCUGUGAGGAUCUGCAGCUGUCCUUGCCCACCUCUCUGCUCGACCUGGGCAUCUCCAAUUUGCCAAAUCUAGAAAAACUAUCUUCCAAACCAUUUCAAAAUCACAAUCUCUCUCUUCAACUCCUUGCAAUCCGUUCCUGCCCUAAACUCACAUCCAUUCCCCGCCAUUUGCUGCCUCCCUCGCUUCUCAGCUUAAAAAUCUUUGGAUGUCGUCUUCUAAAACCAAAAUUUGCCAAGGGGAAAGGACAACUUUGGCCCAAGAUUCAGCACAUUCCACGUGUCGAAAUGAAUGGCAGAUCCGUCUUUGAACGGGAAUACUAUACCGACGACAGCGAUGAUUGACAUGAGUUUUGCUGCCGAGCUAGGAGCGGUGGCACCAAUAAGGGUUGAAAGGUAGCCACUGGGGGGAGAAGGAGAAGCAACUGGAAGGAUAUGGUGGGAAGAAACUGGAAGGGAAUGAUGGAGGGUAUGCUUUCUGGGAUGCAAGUAAUUAUAUAUGUGCAAGCUUUGUUUUCAAUUCAAUUGCUCUGCAUUGCUAUCCGGUGCUUGGGAGGCAGCAUCAGGAGUAUGACAAUCUAGACCUUUUAUGUAAUUUUCAUGAACAGCUUGAUUUCCAUAAAAGUGGGUUCAUAAUUCCCAGACAUUUUCACGACAUUUAAUUUAUGCAUUUGAUGCUGUGAAUGGCUGAUAAUCAUAUAAUGAUUUUUGCAGUAGUUAA